CUUUUUCUUUAUUUUUUUCUUUAUUUUUUUCCUUUUUUUUCUUUUCUUUUUUUUUUGUUUGUUUGUCUUUUAAUACGUAUUUGAACAUAUUAUGAAAAUUAAUUCCAUUUCAAUUUAUAUAGCUAGUACUUUAGCUCUAUUAAGUACUGCUAAUGCCUCCUAUAUUACUAACAAAAAAGUGAUUAAAGCACCAAUUACUCGUAUUAAUAGACCUGACCCCAUCAUUUCUUCUAUUCAAAAGAGAAAUAAUCUCGAGAAAAGAGAUCCAUUUACUGCUUCUUUAUAUAAUGAUGCUGGUUCACAAUAUCUGAUAGAAGUGAAUAUCGGCACUCCUGCGCAAAGUUUUUAUGUUACAUUGGAUACUGGAAGCGCUGAUUUAUGGGUUCCUGGAAGAUUAUGUUCGUCAACAGAAUGUCCAAACGGCUUUUUUGAUGCAUCUCAAUCAAGUACGUUCAAAUCUUUGAAUCGAACUUUCUCACUUACUUAUGGUAUUGGAAGUGUCAAUGGAACAUAUGUCACUGAUACAGUGUCUAUUGCUGGUGCAACUGUAAACAAGCAACAAUUUGGAUUAGCUAGUAGCACACAACAAAUCUUAACUAAUCCAAAUACAAUUACUUCAUCUUUAGCGAAUACAAAUACUAGCUCAACUUCAUUUCAGAACAUUAAAUCAUUUGCGUCUUCUGUAAGCGAAACCCCUGUAGCAAAUGGUAUCCUCGGAAUGGGCUAUCCAAAAUUAACAGCUGCAUCUAGUAAAGGUCAAGGUGCAUAUAAUCCAUUUGUCUUUAAUUUAGUGUCUCAAAAAAUCAUAAGCGAUCCUGUCUUUUCUAUCUAUCUUAAUCGUGUUAAGGAAGAAGGUUGGGCAGGUGAAAUCAUUUUCGGUGGUGUUGACCCUUCAAAAUACAAGGGUAAUCUUACUUAUCUUCCUGUUAUGUCUUUGGCAUCCGUUACUUCGAAAAAGAGAGACGGUCGUAGUAAUAACUAUUAUUGGAUGGUAGGCGCUCAAGGUAUAUCUGUCACUAGUACUACAAAUACCACCAGUAUAGAUACCAACAACACUACAUCAUCAUCAUCAUCAACAACAACAACAGCUAAUAAUAAUAGCAGUUCUCCUUCCAAUAUUCUUGAUAUCGAAUUUUCUUCUGUAGGUGCAUUCAUCUUGGAUACCGGUACUACUCUUACUUAUUUCCCAUCUACUAUAGCUCAACAAAUUGUUGAAGCUAUAGCUGGACCAGAUGGCUACACCUUGGAAGCUGGCUCUAGUGCUUAUCUUGUAGAUUGUAAUACAGCAAAAUCACAAACACAACUUGAAUUAAAAAUGACACCUACUACUUCUCGAGUAACAAAUCCAGUUACGCUCUCUAUUCCUGCUUCACAGUUAGUUAUUCCAUUGAAUGGUGCAACAGCUGAUGAUGCUAGUUAUUGUUUAUUUGGUAUUGCUCCUUCUUCCAGUACCAGUACCUCUAGUGACAGUAAUAAUAAUCUCCAUUUGGUUGGUGACUCUAUCUUGCGUAGUGCCUAUUUAGUAUUUGAUAUAGGAAAUAAUCAAAUAGGUUUAGCCGCUGCUGUUGGUGUAGAAGGUUCUGUAAAAGGCAUUUCAUCAACAUCAUUUGAACAAUCAACAAGCGGCGGUAUUGGCAAAUUAGAUCAACACCCUACUAUAUUUGCUCUUAUAAGCUGCUUAUUCAUCAUUGCUCUAGCUUUCUAAAAAAGAAAAAAAAAAGGGAAUAUACAUAUAGAUAUACCACUUACACAGUUUACCAUUCAUUUAAAACUGUAUAUACAAAUUAAGCUAUUCUUCAUUUCGUGUAUAAUAAAACCUUAGGUCUAAUAUUAGAAAAUAUAAGCUCUUCUGCUGUGUUUGUAUUUCAGUGUUAGAUGAUUAUUGAGAUAACAUUUGAAUAAUGGUUUCAGUUUCUUUUUUUUU